GUGCGGCGCCCAGUGUGUGCCCCGGGACCCGGGGAGCCGUAGGGACGAGUGGGACAGGAUGGCUCGGUGCGGGGCCUCCACGGGGCCCGCCCCCUGGCCGAGGCCCUCCAGGGGGACAAACUGGACUACCUUGCCCCUACUGCUGCUUGCCGUCGCGCUCCUAGCCGGGGCCCUGCCCUGGAUCGAGGCCGCCAAGAAAGUGUCCAGUGCAGCCCCCAGCGCCGCCGGGGCGGGCGCCAAGGCCGCCAAGGAGCACGUCGAGUCCAUCAUUGAGGACGUGUCGGCCAAGCAGCUGGAGCGCGUGCUAAACGAGAAGGACUUUGUGGCCGUGUUUUGGUAUACUAGAAGUUGUCAUACGUGUGACAAGGUGCUGGAAGAAUUGGAAAAGAUUGACGAUGACACCGACUCGUUUGGAGUGGAUUUCGUCAAAAUCAAUGAUAAGCGACUGGCCAAGCAUUAUGGUAUUAAGAACUUCCCCGCACUCACCUAUUUCCGAGAAAAGACACCAAUCAUUUACGAAGGAGAUCUCAUGGACGAAGAAAAUGUGCUGGAUUUCCUUACAAGCUUGGAAGCGAUGGAUUUACCUGACAGAAUCGAAGAGGUGAACGCCAGGAUUCUUGGAAAAAUUAUUGAGGAAACUGACUUCGUCGCUGUCCUAUUUUGUCCAGGAGCGAAAACAUGCCCACCAGGAUCUCAGAACAAGCCCGCUUGCAAGAAGUGUACGAAGGCCCUCAUGGAACUGGAGAACAUAGAUGACGAGGCUGACCAACUAGGCAUUGGUUUUGUAAAAAUCGCCGAUGAAUCGCUUGCCGAAGAAUACAACCUUGGCGAACUUCCUCGUCUGGUGUACUACAGACAUCAAAUACCUAUAAUUUACGAAAACGAAUUGACAAAAGAGGAGGAUGUUUUGGAGUGGCUUGUGCAAAACAAAUCUACUGGUGACGAAGAAGAUGUAAUUGAGGAAGUUACAUCGAAGACUCUCGACACACUCAUCGGAAGCAUUGACAACUUGGUCGUCCUCUUCUACGACAACGAUGAUGAGGACUCGAUGCAGGUGCUAGGCGAAUUAGAAAAGAUUGACGAUGACUGUGAUAAACACGGAAUUCAGUUUGUCAAGAUUGAUGACGAAAAAGCAGCUCAAGCCUUUGGAAUUGAUGAAGUUCCUGCAAUUGUCUACUUCGAAAAGCAAAUUCCAAAUGUUUAUGACGGUGAUAUUGAAAAUGAAGAUGAGAUUUUGGAGUGGCUUGUUGAUCAACUCGAAAAGGAUGAGAUCGAAGACGUCACUGAUGAAAUGCUCGAUCGCCUAAUUAAAGAAGGGAAAAAUAUGGCGGUUUUAUUUUAUGAUAACAAUGACCGAAAAUCCCAAAGGGUCCUAAACGAGCUUGAAAACAUUGACGAUGAAUGUGAUCAGCAUGGUAUUGUGUUUGUCAAAAUUGAUAAUCCAGAAGAGGCAAAGGAAUAUGGAAUUGAGAAGAUACCAGCACUUAUGUAUUUCGAGAAAGGUAUUCCAAUGAUGUAUCCGGGAAAUCUAGAGGAGGAAGAAAAGGUUCUUACCUGGCUUGAGCAUCAAAUAGCUCAUGACGAGAUUGAAGAUGUAACUGACGAAAUGUUGGAUAUUCUCAUUGAAAAAAUGCAUCACGUGGCGGUAUUGUUUUAUGACGGUGAUCAGAAGAAAAGUCAGAAAGUCCUGUCUGAAUUGGAAAAUAUUGAUGACGAAUGUGAUCAGAAUGAUAUUGCCUUCGUGAAAAUCGACAACGAUGCUGAAGCCAAGGAGUAUGGUAUCGAAGAUCUUCCAACUCUUGUAUACUUCGAAAAACGUAUCCCUCACGUAUAUGAUGGUGAUCUUACAAAGGAGGAUGAACUUCUUGGUUGGCUUCUCCAUCAAAAACGGCAUAGUGAAAUCCCAGACGUCACAGAUGAAAUGAUGGACAUUCUGAUUGAAAAAACACCGUACCUCGCUGUUCUUUUCUAUGACAAGGAAGACAAACAAGACAUUCGAGUGCUAAACGAGCUGGAAAAUAUUGAUGACGAUCUAGAGCGUGAGGAUAUUGUAAUAGUCAGGAUGGACAAUAAGGACGAGGCAAAAGAAUACGGCAUAGACCACUUACCUACUCUAGUUUACUUCGAGAACAAAAUUCCUGCCCUGUACGAAGGUGACCUUAUGAAUGAAGACGAAGUCUUGAGAUGGUUAGUUGAACAGAAACAUACCGCAACUAUUGAGGAGGUUACGGAUGAAAUUUUACGGGAUCUCGUUGAAGAGCAUGAAUACGUCGUAGUUUACUUCAGUGGCAAAUGUGAAGAUGGAGAAGACUGUGAUGACAUAUUAGACGAACUUGAGAACAUUGACGAUGAAUUGGAUGAAACUGGCAUCAUUUUUGUAACAACAGAGGAUAUUAAUUUCGCUAAGAAGACGGGUAUUAAAAAUUUCCCGGCUCUUGUAUUCUUCCGAAACAAAGAUCCCCUCACAUACAAAGGUGACUUAGAGGAUGAGGAUGAGGUUCUUGCUUGGAUCACUGAUGAAGACACUCUUGAGAUUCCGGGUCGUAUUGAGGAAGUUAACGCUCGUAUGCUGGACAACAUUUUAGAUGAAAAUGAUCACGUUGUUGUCUUUUUCUACAAAGAGGGUGACAAGAAAAGUCAGAAGGUUUUAGCAGAGCUUGAAAACAUUGAUGAUGAAUGCGAGGAAAAAGAUAUCGAUUUUGUCAAAACGUCCGACGAAGGAAUUGAUAAGGAGUACGACUUGCCUUCUUUACCUGCUCUUGCCUUCUACAGACACAAGUUCAGGAAAAUUUACGACGGAGACCUCAUGCACGAGGAGCAAAUUUUAGAAUGGGUGCUAGACUUGCACGAAUCAACUCCUGAUGUCAUUGAAAGUGUAGAUCGGAAGACACUGAGGGUAUUAAUAGAGGAUGUUGAACAUUUAGCUGUUUUCUUCUAUGACGAUAAAUGUGGAAAACAGUGCGAUGAUAUACUCGAGGAGCUGGAAACUAUCGACGAUGACACUGAUAAACAUGGAAUUCAAUUUGUCAAAAGCAAGGACUCAAAACUUGCUUCAGAGAUUGGUAUUUUUUCAUUUCCUGCUCUUGUCUACUACGAGACCGGUGUUCCCAUCAUGUACGACGGCAAUCUCCUCGACGAAGAUGCCGUUUUGAAUUGGAUGAUGAAACAAAAAAUGGACGAAAGCAUAGAGGAUAUCGACCGAGAGAAGCUGUUUGAGUAUAUUGACUCUAAAGAAUUCCUGGCUGUUGUAUUCUACACGGAGGACGAUCCCGGCGUUCCUCGCAUCUUGCGCCACGUCGAGCUAAUUGACGACGAGGCCGCGCAAUACGGAAUCAAAAUAGUCAAGUGCAGCGACAAGCUCAUGGCGAAAAAGUACGGCUUCCGUGACCCCCCAGGAAUAACGUACUUUAGAAAAGGAAAACCUAUCAAAUACGACGGGGACAUUGACGAUGACGAGGAACUGCUCGAUUGGCUGACGGACCCUGAAAAUAUGGAACUUACAGACCAUAUCGAGCGUGUCAACAAGAAAAUGUUCGCAAAAAUCCGUCAAACGUCUGAUUACGUUGCAGUCUUUUUCUAUAGUGACGACUGCAAGCAGUGCGCCCGUGUCCUCGCCGAGAUAGAGCACAUUGAUGAUGAGGCUGAUGGUGCUGGAAUCAACUUCGUCAAAAUUGACGACAAACAGAUGGCCAAGGACUACGGUGUCUUUGCACUGCCGGCUGUCCUUUUCUUCAAAAUGGGCACAAAAGAUCCAGUAAUUUAUGCAGGGGAUCUUUAUGAUGAGGGACAACUACUGAGCUGGCUUCUUACGCAGAAGGACCCGGGUGGAGACCUAAUUGAAGACCUUGAUGGCGAAGACCUUAUCAAGCUUAUUGAGGAGUCUGACUCGUUAGCUGUGUAUUUUUGGAACAAGACGCUUUGCGACAUGUGUAGCAGCAAGCAGUUCCGGAAGCAGCGGCGUAAGGAACUACUCGAGGAAAAAGUGACUUCUGCAGAGGGCGGAUCCCCGAGUGGAGCGCCCCAAGGGGCGAGUCCGGGGGCAGCCGGUGGAGAGGAGGCUCUGGCAGGCGAUGACAGGGCAGACGGUUGUGAACAAUGCAAGGAAAUCCUGGAAGAACUGGAAAAUAUCGACGAUGACUGCGACAGACACGGUAUUAUUUUUGUUAAGACACAGGAUUUUGACAUCGCUGAGGACUACGGUGUGACUGACUUCCCCUGCCUAGUUUAUUUUGAAAAUCAAAUACCAAAUGUUUUUGAGGGUGAUCUCGCGGAGGAGGAAGAAGUCUUGCAAUGGCUUAUCACUCAGCGAACUGAAGACCGAAUCGAACUAAUUACAAGAGUUAUGCUUGAGGCCGCAGUCGAGUCCACGCAAUAUUUGGCCGUGUACUUUUAUAAAAGUAAUUGCCACACCUGCGAUUUGAUCCUGGAUGGCUUGGAAAAGGUGGACGAUGAAUGUGAUGUGUACGGUAUUCAUAUGGUGAAAAUCCAAGAUCCACAACUUGCAAAGCGUUAUUCCAUUAAGACUUUCCCCGCCAUGGUGUACUUCCGUAAUGGCAAUCCGCUUCUGUUUGAAGGGGAUCUGCAAAAUGAAGAGUCAGUUCUAGAGUGGCUGAUCGACGACGACAAUCGAGAGUUGGCGGAUGAGAUCGAAGAGGUCAAUGAACGAAUGUUGGAGAGACUUUUGGACGAGAGUCUUUACUUGGCAGUGCUCUUUUACGAUGACGACUGUCCAGAAUGUGACGACAUUCUAGAGGAACUAGAGAAAAUCGACGGAGAGGUUGAUCAAUUUGGAAUCGACAUGGUGAAGAUUGCGGAUCCUGAGGCAGCAGCAAGACACAACAUCAUAAACUCGCCGUCGCUCGUCUUUUUCCGCAAACGAGUGCCGCUCUUGUUCGACGGUGAUCUUUCUGACGAGGAGAAGGUGCUCGCCUGGCUUACCGCUCAAGACGUUUUCGAGAUCAAGAACGAGAUCGAGGAGGUCAACAGAAAAAUGUUGGACAAGCUGCUGGACGAAAACGAGUUUCUUGCCGUUUACUUUUACGACGAGGAUGAGGAUGACGGCAUAAAGAUCCUGGACAGGCUGGAGAGAAUCGACGGGGAAACCGACAACAUGGACAUAACGUUCGUCAAAAUGGCGGAUCCGCGUUACGCCCGCAAAUGGGGUGUCACCAAACUUCCUGCAAUCGUCUACUUCAGAAAAAGAUUCCCCAGUAUUUACAGAGGGGAUCUGACUGAUGAGGAUGACGUCCUAGAAUGGCUACGGAAGAACAGAUUCCGGCAGCCCGAGCUGAACCUCUUCAUGUACGCUCUCAUCGCCAUCACCAUAGCCUUCGUCAUGUACACCGCGUUCCUCAUGUACGGCUUCCAGCCGCACGCCAAGACGGCGUGAUGACCGUUCGGCGGGGCGUGGCGGGGCGUGGUGGGGCUAGUGCCGCCCCUCCCCGCCGCACCGCCAGCGUCCUGGACCUGACCCGGAGGAGCAACCUAGCCAGCCAGCCGAGGGAGACGACGGGGAUGAGGAAGUGCUGCACCCGGGCCCGUGGUGUGUGGCGGGGCGUGGCGGCGGCUGCUGUUUGCCUUUCAUUCCCAAUGGUGUGAGCUCGCCAGCCGGCCGCUCUCUCGCUUACUGGACCAGUAGGCAGCAAGCAGCGCACGCAGCGCGGGGCGGGCGGGCUCUCCGUGAGGGGCGGGCGUGCGCUAAAAUGGAGAAAGGGUGAGACCUUCUUUACGUGCCUGUCUUCUGCAGCUCGCGAGGCCCUGUCCGUAGUCGUAAGGAAUCUCUGAUCUCAACUGCAACGCUAGAUCCCCUUCCCUCGGUUAUUGAUCUGGGGCCCCGGUGCUGGGAGGGGCCGGCCGUGGGCGCCGUGGGCUACGGGCCGUGGGCCUGUGCCAUGCGAACACAACAACAAAUUUCUGGAAGCCUCUGCCGGCGAUCAUGACAAACUACUUACUCUAUUGUUAUUUUUAUGUAUCGUAAUUUUUAUUUAUUUUUUUGAAAAUAGUAUUACAGUAACUUAUUAUAGAUCCUAAAUGUAUUGUGCAAGUUGAGCAGUCGGCAUGGAUAAAAUAGGGGACCGUGUAAGUCCCUAUUGGUUUUUUUUUUGUCAGAAAUAUUACCUCGGCAUGGGGAGGCGUCUUCCCAUUUUGUAUCAAGGCUGAUUUGUUUUGUUAUGUUUUGAAGAACGAAAAUCUUUUCGUCGUGAAGACACACUCCGGCAGCAGAUUCCAGAGAGCGCAGUGCGUCUGACAGGCGUGAGCAAAUGGACUCGUUGAGGAUGCUUUGUGUGACGUACUCCAGAAGAAAAUGUGGGGCGGUGUGUGGUGCUGUGAUGUGUUCAAAGUCAAUUGUGAUCCUUAUACCUCUUACAGAGGAAAUAAAACAAACUUCCAUUCUCAA